AUGAACACCCGGCGAUCUUGCCCUUCCAGGUUAACCUCCGGCCUGCGCCAGUUCUCCAAUUCUUCCUCUCGCCUCCAGACCAUCCCCGUCCAAGUGUCCGCCACAGGGACCGGAUUUGUACAAAAAGUCUCCAUCCCAGGCAAGCCCUUCCAAUUCUCAACCGAUGCCUAUACCGUUCUCGGUGGGAAGGAGUCUCAUCCCUCCCCAAUCGCCUAUUCCCUGGCUAGCUUGAGCUCCUGCAACCAGGUUACCGGGUCUCUCGUUGCAAAGGAUCUUGGUAUCACGAUUGGCGAGUGGAAUGUUGAGGUAGAGGGAAAUCUGCCCACAGAAGUGUUUGUGUGGGGCAAGGAAGGAAAUCCGAACUGGAAGAGCGUCACUUUGAAAGCACGGGUGCAGAGUAACUUGGAAGGGGGUAAUAAUAACCCUCAAUUCCAACAAUUUAUUGCAGAGAUUGAGCGCCGUUGCCCUAUGACGGCGCUUUUCAGGAACAGCGGUGUGGUGUACUCUAGUGAUUGGAUAAAUGAACCUCUUUAA